CAAGUACUUAAAUUGCCGUCUCAACUCAAACUCGCAGCCCUUCGUCGACCUGGUGCUGGCCGGGCACGCCGCUACCCUCGAGGUGGUCAACCUCACAGAACCCUUCCAUUUCAUCACGACCUCGACGGGGUCACUGCCCGCCUGUAUGCCCAACCUCAGGGAGCUCGCCUGCUCCCUGCUCCCCGGCAUGGAGACCCUGGGUCCGUCGCUGACGAAGGUGACGCUGCACGUGACCCCCGACAUGCGGCAAGGAGUCCUCGGGGCCACGGAGAUGCUGCGGCGCGCCUCCAAGCUUCGCGAGCUCACCCUAAAGUACCGCCCGGCGGCCCGCACCUCGGCUCACGUCGGCGUCGCUCUGGUCGAGGCACUCACGGCGUGGUCGGGACGGUCUGCCGUGGAGGUGCUGGAGAUCGACAACAAUUGCGAGGGCGAGGACAGAGACGACGAUGACGGGGUCGAGUUCCUCCCUCAGCUGCAGCCGCUGCUCAGGACGCUGCCCUCUUUACCGUCGCUGCGGCACCUCGAACUGAGUGUGUAUGUCCCUCCGGACGAGCUGCUGCUGACAAUCACGUCGGAGACUGUGCCGGCCCUGCGGGAACUCAAGUUGCGCCCUAUGAGGUGGCUGCCCGCUCGCUGCGCCCACGACUGGUGCCACAAGGUCUCGGUCCAGACCCUGCUGUCGGUCAAUCCGGCGCUCAAGUUUAGUGUUUUCACAACACCGUACUGCCUCAAGGGUCAGCGCGAGUCCUGUGGGUCCUGCGCGCAGGGCUGCCACAACACAUUGUGGGAAUGGGAUUGGGAAGUGGAGUAUGACGAGGAUGAUGACGUUACCAGAUCAGACUAUCAGGACUGGAUCCAUAUUCAAUGAACCACUAAUAG